UAUCCCAUCCUCUCCCACCCCAAAAGUGCUUCUGUUAUUUAUCCCUCUGGGAGUAUGGAUCAGAAGGGAUAAAGAGAUAAAACCCCAUCAUUAUGGGGUUUAGAAGGUAGAUGGUCUGGCUUCUGUAAUUGCUCCCCUGCUGAACAUGGGCAUUGAUCUUGCUUGAAUCACCAUGGAUUAUCUUGGCACGGCAAACACUCAGUUUGGGUUUAAUCUAUUCAAAAAGCUGAACAAGAUAAAAGAUGGCAAUAUCUUCUUUUCCCCUUUGGGUAUGUCAACGGCCUUUGGCAUGCUUUUUCUGAGGAACCAAGGAGACACCUCCAAACAGUUACAGAAGAUGCUUUGUUCUGAAAAAGAUCCAGAAGGCCCAAGAAUUAAAACGGAAGAAAAAGAAGUGGGGAGACACGUCUUCCAUUUUCAAUAUGGCUGCUUUUUAGAGGUGGGCUCACUCGGGCAAUGCAUAGAUCAGAUGGAGAAGACAGAAGAGGUGCAUCACCAAUUCCCAAAGAUUUUGAGUGAAUUAGGCAAAUCAACAGAUGAUUACGAAGUGAAAAUAGCCAACAGGCUGUUUGGAGAAAAGACAUACCUGUUCCUUCAAAAAUAUUUAGAUUAUGUUGAAAAGUAUUACCAUGCCUCUAUGGAACCUGUGGAUUUUAUAAAUGCAGCAGAUGAAAGUCGAAAGAAGAUUAAUGCCUGGGUUGAAAGCCAAACCAAUGAAAAAGUCAAGGACCUGUUAUUAGAUGGCUCCAUAAACAGCUCCACAAAGCUGGUGGUAGUGAACAUAGUUUACUUCAAAGGACAAUGGGACAGCGAGUUUAAGAAAGAAAAUACCAAGGAGGAGGACUUUUGGCUGACUAAGAACGUGAGUAAGUCUGUGCCCAUGAUGAUACAAGAACAUUCCUUUAGCUAUGUGUCCUUGGAGGACUUGCAAUCGAGAAUCCUGGGCAUUCCUUAUAAAAACAACAACCUCAGCAUGUUUAUCCUGCUGCCCGAUGAUGUAGACGGCCUGGAGAAGAUUAUUGAUAAACUCACCCCUGAGAACCUGGUGGAGUGGACCAGCCCGGGGCGCAUGGAGCAGAGGGACGUGUGUUUGCACCUGCCCAGGUUUGAGGUGGAGGACAGCUACGACCUGGAAGCGCUGCUGGCAGCUCUGGGCAUGCAGGACAGCUGCCAGGAGCUGGGGGCCCACUCCCCGGGGGAGUCCUCACACUCGGGGCUGCAGGCCCAGAAGUUCCUGCACAAAUCCUUCGUGGCGGUGAAGGAAGAAGGCACCGAGACUUCUGCCGGCACUGGUGUGGGCUUUGUGGUCACAUCAGCACCAGCUUCUGAGAGUUUCCAUUGCAAUCACCCUUUCCUGUUCUUCAUCAGGCGCCGUGACUCGGACAAUGUCCUCUUCUUUGGCCGAUAUUCUUCUCCUUAGAAGGACCAAGGACAGUCAAACUGUGUGCAGAAAAACCACCACCAGUGCUGGCGUGCUCACCCUGUGAAGGAAACAAGCCUUUUAUUAAUAAUUGAGCUCACUUGCUUCAUUCCAACACCACCCUCAACAUCAGCAACUCAGUGAUGGUCAUAGCAUGUGUGUGCUUAGAAUUCUUGUAAGGAUUCUUUUGGGGUGGGCAAAAUGGCCCCCUUGGAUAGUGCACUGCUUUGCCACGUUUGAGCCCAGCCCCCACCUUGAUGAAGGAAACUCCCAUAUUGUGGUCUCUUUCACUCUCUGCCUAUCUUAAAAAAAUAAUACAAAGUAUCAUUUUGUUUGUAUUAUGCAUAAGUGAGUCAAAUCAAUGCUUUUCAGUAAUCUUCCAAUUGAUCAAAUAAGCCAGUAUCUUGAUGUAGUUUUCUAGUUGAAUAAAGAGAAACAUUCUUCUCUGUAAAGACAGUAGGUUUGUGCUUUCUGGGUAUUCUAGUUCAAAUAUUUUGACAUCUAAUGAUGUACAAGUAAAAUAAAAUAGCCAAUUUACUGAA